CUUGCAACUUGGAGCAGUUCUUACAACUCUCUCUCUCUCUCUCUCUCUCUCUCACUUCUUCACCUGAAGCUUUUGGCGAGAGGAAGAAGAGACAGAAAAAAAAUGGCCAGGGAAGGGGAGAAUGGUGCAAGGCAAGAGAGGUACAUGGAAGAGGGAGGUGGCGUUAAUGGGAGAGAUGAGAGUGCUAUUCCUGAGCACGGAUAUGGCAGCUCCCCUGACACUGACAGAGGCUGUGGCCUCUCCUUGUCUGUUCCCUUCUUGCAGAAGGUGAUUGCUGAAAUUUUCGCAACCUACUUCCUCAUAUUCGCGGGCUGUGCUUCGGUCACCGUUAACCUGAGCAAGGGAAUGAUCACCUUCCCUGGCAUAUGUGUCGUGUGGGGACUUGCCGUCAUGGUCAUGGUCUACUCUGUUGGUCACAUCUCCGGUGCCCACCUGAAUCCUGCCGUCACCAUUGCCUUUGCUACAUGCAGGAGGUUCCCAUGGAAACAGGUCUCCUACUUUAAACACACCCCAUCUUCAUGUUCAAGUAUCUUACUUUCUUCUAUCAUUGAAUCAAUUCAGGUGCCGGCUUUUGUAGUAGCUCAGCUUCUGGGGGCAACCCUUGCGAGUGGAACGCUGCGUCUGAUGUUCGGGGGGCGGCACGAACACUUCCCGGGUACAAUACCGACAGGCUCUGACAUGCAAUCUCUUGUGCUCGAGUUCAUCAUCUCAUUCUACCUGAUGUUUGUCAUCUCUGGAGUGGCAACCGACAACAGAGCUAUUGGAGAAUUGGCAGGUCUUGCAGUUGGUGCUACAAUAUUAUUAAAUGUUCUCAUUGCCGGUCCUAUAUCGGGUGCAUCGAUGAAUCCCGCGAGGACCAUUGGGCCAGCGAUCGUGGCAAACCGGUGGACAGGGAUCUGGGUCUACAUCGUUGGACCAGUUUGUGGAACUAUAGCCGGGGCAUGGGCUUAUAAUCUCAUCCGCUUCACCAACAAGCCACUUCGCGAGAUCACUAAGAGUGGGUCUUUCCUCAAGAGCUCAAGGAACAACUCCACUUGAUCCGACUUGCCAAGAGAAACAUAAAUAGCUAUUCUAUCCGUGUGCUUCCUAGUGUCAAAUAGAUAUGAAGUAUGAAUAGAGUAAUUAGUGAAGUAUGUUGAUCCCCCUAAGUAACAAUUCUCCUUAGGUUUUUGAGAAUGAAUGUGAUUAAAAUUCUAAUGCUUACACUCUUAAUGAGUUCAGUGGAGAAUUUUAUUGUUAAAA